AUGUCUCAAACCUUAUCAUCGCCCUCAUCCAUUCCAGAGUCGGGCUCAACGAAUCAAGACCCUGAAGCCUAUUCCUAUCUUUUGAAUAUGAGAUUUGAGUACAAUAUUUCAACACAUCAUUAUCCAUUUCAACGUCAAGGAAGUUCCUCUUCAUCGUUGCUCAGUGGCUGCAAUACAACAAGCACCUCAGAACCAACACCACUAACAAACAACAAUUACAACAACACCGCCACUUCACCUACUAAUCCAAUAUUAUAUGCUCCUGCAUUGAGGGGAGAUCUUUCAAGAGGUUUUGUGAGAUAUAUCGGAACUCUUCAAGAUCAACCCAAGACUCAACUUUUUGUGGGAGUUGAAUGGGAUUAUGAGGUGAGAGGAAAACACGACGGAGAACUCAAUGGUGUGAGAUAUUUCAAAACUAGUGAUGGGCGAAAGAGUGCAAGUUUUAUCAAACUCGAAACCUUUUUAAGAUAUUCCACAUUGGGUGUCGAUUUCUUGGAUGCUGUUCAUGCCAAAUAUAAGAAUAAGGAUUUCAGAGAGGAAGAAAUGUAUAUCUAUUCAGCAACAAAAAAAGACUCAAAUUUCAAGCUCGGUUUGCAAGAAUCAAAAGUUUCAAAAAUUCAGGAAGGAUUGGGCUCUCUUUUUGGCAAUGUAAAGUCCAUAGAUUUAACAGCAAAUUUAAUUACAUCAUGGUCUCAAGUUGAAAUCAUCUUGAAAGAAUUUCCAAAAUUGCAAAAUUUAAUCCUUUCAUCCAAUCGGUUCUCAUCAUUGGAAAUUCAAAACACUCAACCCUAUGUGAGCGUGAAAAUUCUUGUCAUGAAUGAUGUUGCCAUGAAUUGGGGAAUAUUUGCAGAGAAGAUAUUGCCUCUCUUUCCCCAAGUGGAGGAGGUUCAUUUUCGAGAUAAUAAUGUCACCGAUCAAGAUUUGGAAAGGACUUUGCUCAACUACAACUCUCUCAAGAGAAUCCAAUGUUUGAAUAGAGAGGAAUUCCCUUCAUUGAAGAGCCUCUCCGUCACAAACAAUAAUAUUGAAGAAUGGGAUUCUAUCAAUGAGCUCAACAAAUUUUCAUGUCUCGAGGAAUUGCGAUUGGACAAUAAUGCUAUUCAGGAAAAAUACGGAGUGACCAACACCCGACAAGGAGUUAUUGCAAGAAUCAAAUCUCUUCAAACUUUCAAUGGAAGCGAAAUUAAAAAGAAAGAACGAGAAGAUGCUGAAAAGUAUUAUCUUAAACAAUGCGGAAGAGACAAAAUGGCGCUAAUGAGCAGUGAAAGUAGUUCCAACAGUAAUUACAUGAAUUUUCUUGAAAUGCAUCCACGAUACGAGGAGCUUGUGUCCAUGUAUGGAGAUCCAUGUGAAAACGAGUCAUCAAGCUCGGCUACCACAAGAGUCAGCAAUGAAUUUGUUUCUUUGUACAUUAAGAACGUGGCUGCUUCAGUUGCUUCACAUGGUCACAUUGUUGAGAAGAAAAUUCCUUACGGUUUGACCAUCAAAAAACUCAAGCUCAUGUGCCAACGUUUAUUCAAACUUGAUACAUCUAAACAGCACCUCUUCUACGUCGAUGUUGGUCACUCAUUACCAGAACCUUUGAGUGACGAUUUCAAAGAUAUUGACUUUUAUGCUGUAAAAGAUGGAGGAACAAUAUUGAUGGAAGAAAUUGAUGAAGUGCAGGAGCAACGAAAAUUGGAGCUUGCAAAGAAAGAGAAGGAGCGUAGCUUGAAAGAACAGGAAGAGCAAGUGGCAAGAGAAAUGCGGUGGAAACAUUUGUAA